CGCUGUUUCAGAGCCGCUGUGUUUCUCCUGCAGGCGGCCAUGUGUUUCUCCUCACUCACUGUAGUGUUUCUCAGACUCCGCUAAGAUUAGCUCUCUCUGUUUCUCUGUAGUUUAGCGGAUUUAAUCGGUAAAAUGGUCCGAAAGCUGAAGUUCCACGAGCAGAAGCUCCUGAGGAAAGUAGACUUUAUUAACUGGGAGGUGGAUAAUAACCUGCACGAGGUGAAGAUCCUGAGAAAAUACCACAUCGAGAAGAGAGAGGACUACACCAAGUACAACAAACUGAGUCGCAACAUCAGAGAACUGGCCCAGAAAAUCCGCGACUUGGAUGAAAAGGACGGUUUCCGAGCUCAGAGCACCUCACAGUUCCUGGAGAAACUCUACUGUAUCGGAUUGAUCCCCACCAAACAGAACCUGGCUCUUGCAGAUGCUGUCAGUGCUUCCUGCUUUUGUAGGAGACGGCUGCCAACAAUUAUGCUGAAGCUGCGCAUGGCUCAGAACCUGAAAGCUGCCGUCACGUUCAUCGAACAAGGACAUAUUCGUGUUGGGCCAGAGGUCGUCACAGACCCUGCUUUUCUUGUUACAAGGAACAUGGAGGAUUUUGUGACCUGGGUGGACUCCUCCAAGAUCAAACAGCAUGUCAUGAAUUACAAUGAGGAGCGUGAUGACUUUGAUCUUGUGGUUUGAGGCCGAGGUUGGACAGAGGUUGUUGAACAUGAGAGCCAAAGGAAACCUCAGAAGCCACUCUGGAUCCGCAGUCAGCAGAGCAAUGUGAAGUCAAGGCCGAUACACCAUGGACUGAAUGAAGACUUUAUUACUGAAAGGAUUUCGCUUAAACAUUGCAACCCCUGUGAUUGCAAAGAGAGGCUAUUAGCACAUUGGUGAUGUGUUAUAAAAAUAUUUGUAUAUUUAUUAUACACUGCGAGGGACAUUUUAGUACAUUAAGAAUUGCAAAAACAUAUUUUUUUGUAACAAAAAUUGUACAGUGUGUGAAGAAAAAGCUUUCAUUUUAUGUUGGAUUUUUUUGUUUUCCUUUAAUGUUCUUGUAGCCAGGUAUGGCUGCUAAAAUAAUAAAUCUGGAAAGAAAA